CCUUGCAUGUCUAAGGGAGCAAGCCUUCAUAGAUCUACUCAGAAAUAACAAGGCCCAGCCAUGCAGUCCUUUCGCGAAAGGUGUGGUUUCCAUGGCAACCAGCCGAACUACCAGCCAACUUCUUCACAAGAUUCAUCACGCCUGGAGAAUUACAGACAUCACAGCCAAGCAGGCCCGCACUGUGAACGGCAGCGGCUUGUGGCAAAGGAGUACUAUGGCCAGCCACCGCCACCACAGCAACAGCAGCUGUCUUACCAAGGGUAUGGUGAGAACAGCGCCGUGGAGAAGUACCACCGGGGAAAUAAGCAAUUACGUGGCCAACAGCUGCAAGGCAGGCCAUCGUCCUUUCCAAAUUACACAGUCCAAGAGAACAGUCCCUACCCAGCCCGCUAUUCUGGGGAGGAAAGCCUGCAGGCCUGGGGGUCACAGCAGCAGCCGCCGCCCCCACAACCUUUGCCAGGAGGAGUGGCUAAGUAUGAGGAAAACUUAAUGAAAAAGACAGCUACGCCCUCAGGCAGCAGGCAGUACCAUGAGCAAGCCCCUCAGCUCCCGUUCCGAACUCACUCCUUGCACCUCCCGCAGCAGCAGCAGCAGCAGCAGCAGUCUACCUUGACGUACCCCAAGCUCCAGCGGCAGAAGCUCCAGAAUGACGUCUCCUCCCCCAUGUCAUUUCCACAGGGCUCUCACUUCACUCAGCAUUCCCAGUCGUUCCCGCCUUCCUCGACAUAUUCAUCUGUCCAAAGUGGGAGCCAAGCCACACAUUCCUAUAAGAGCUGCAAUGCUCCCUCUGCACCGCCGCCGCCGCCACCACCACAUGAAAGGACUCUUGGAAAUGCGGCUACUUUGCCGACUGGGCAAAGAGUCCAGAGCCUGCAUGGCUACCAGGCAAACCGUAUCACCUAUGACCAGCAGCAGCAACAACAGCAGCAGCAGCAGCAGCAGGCCAUGUCAGGAAGGCACCAUGCGCAGGAAGCACUUCACUAUCAAAGCCUAGCCAAGUACCAACAUUAUAACCAGCCAGGUCAGAGCUACUGCCAAGCUGAUGCUCCAGUGAGGACGCCAGACCAGUAUUAUCAAACUUUCAGCCCCAAUUCCAGCCAUUCCCCAGCUCGUUCAGUUGGUCGGUCCCCAUCGUAUAGUUCAACCCCUUCCCCAUUAAUGCCUAACUUGGAGAACUUCCAAUACAGCCAACAGUCGCUGAGUACGGGUGCAUUCCCAGCCAGUCUUGCUGACCACAGCCACUUCAUGCCUUUGCUGAACCCUUCACCGACAGACGGGGCAAGCCCAGACACUCAACCCACUGGGAACUGCAAGAAUUUGCAGAAGGAGAAGAUCCCUGAGAACCUUCUAUCAGAUUUGAGUCUUCAAAGCCUGACUGCGCUCACCUCUCAAGUCGAGAACAUUUCCAACACUGUCCAGCAGCUUCUCCUUUCCAAGUCCGCAGGGAUGGCCCAGAAGAAAGGUCUCAAAAAUUCACCUAGGACCCCCGAACAGCUCAAAAGCCAGCAUUGCAGCCCCGAGGGUAACAGCUACUCUGCUGAGCAAGCAGGGACUCCUCUCUCAGACCCCCUCAGCACCCCGCAGUCUGUCCACGCCGAAAACCAGGAGGCUGAUUACCUUAGUGGGUCUGAAGACCAACUGGAAAGGGGCUUCCUGUAUUGUAAUCAAAGCCGCAGCCCAGCCCGCAUCAACAGUAACUCCAAAACGAAGCCUGAAUCUGUUUCUACGUGCUCAGUGACAUCUCCAGAUGACAUGUCAACCAAGUCAGACGAUUCCUUCCAAAGCAUCCACACCAACCUGCCGCUGGAAACCUUUACCAAGUUUGUUGCCGGCGAGAGGGACUGUCCCAGACUGCUCCUCAGUGCCCUUUCUCAAGAGGAGCUUGCAUCCGAAAUCAUUGGUUUGCAAGAUGCUAUCAAUGAGAAAGCAGACAAAGGCUGGACCAAUUCUCCUGUGCCAAGCAAAGACCCUGACAAAUCGCCCUUCCACUUGGAGAAUCACAGAACCUGCCUGGACUCGGUGGUCAAGAGCCCAUGGUCCAACCAAAGGGACUCCAGUGCCCUUGCAGAACCUCUGAAGUUAGACAAAAACUUAGGAGGGAAUAACCAAAAGAACUUCACCAAGGAGGUUUACGACAACUCGCAGGUGGUGUUUACAGCAGCAGACACCAAGAAUUCCACAAAAACAACUAGUUCAGUAGGAUACCCCACCAAACCCAACAUCUCAACAGCCACCUCAAGCUCUGACGCCACAAACUUUAGCUGCUACUCAAAUGCCACAGCCAAUUCCGUGGGGUCUGAAAGCGCUAUGGAGAAUUUUGACUGGCCUGAUGAGAACCUCAGCGACACAUGGAAAGAGCUCGGGUCAAGCCUUCAAACAUCAGAUCUUUCCAAGAGUUUGUUUUCUGGCAAACUGAGCGAGAGUGGCGAGGAGAAAAAAAAUGCAUGUUGCCUCAGCCUUUGCAACAGUGAACAACCAGCUGAGACCGAGCAAGCUGCAAAAUUCAGUCAGCAGCAAGCCGACAAGGGUGAGAACCUAACGUAUGAUGAGGCCACUAGAGCAGACAAUGAACAUUGGCUCGAGGAUACAACCAGGCACUCCUGUUCGGGAGGAGACUUCAGCGAACUCCCAAUGAUGUCCUCUCCAGACCUGAAAGAAUCUGAUUUGGAACCAGAAGAGUAUUCCUCUCUGUGUGAUCUAGCUGGUUCUGAGCAAAAGUCUAUGACCUACGAUGCGUUCACACCCAAGCCUGCCGAGAAUGCCCCAGCCCUCUCCCUCCAAGAAACUCCUGGUUCGGCAGAAGAAUCGGCAAAUGCGGUUGAGAAGGAGAACACAGCUCCCUCCUCUCACUUGUUAGAUCAGUCCGUCAUCCUUUUAGGUCCAACAGUUGGCACCGAAACAAAAGUGAAAAGUUGGUUUGAAUCUUCUCUGCAUCACUUGAAGCCGGAAGAGGAGGCAGCGGGAGGUGAAGAGAUGCUUCUUAAAAAGACAGAAACUCCAGCUGCCUUGCCAAUGAAGAAACAGAUUCCACCAGAAAUGGCUCUCAGCGUAUCAGAACCAACUUCUAUGGGCAAAAGUCUUCGGAGCAAGAAAGUCCUCAGCAGGUUGUCAGGGGGAGAAGAAUUGGAGAAGCCCAUGGCAAGCCCGUGUACAGCCACCCAGGCUGCUGGCAUGGUGGCAAACACAUGCACAGGGCCAAACAAUCUCAUUGAAAUGCCAAGUAAGAAUGCCCAUGGCCAGACCCCUAGGUUUCCAGCAGAGGGCUUGCCAGUUCGGAUGUGUACUCGCUCUUUCACUGCUUUGACUGAGCCCAGGAUGCCCGAUCCUCUGGAAGGCUCCAAGGCCUCAUCCCUUCAAGAAAAGCUGGGCAAGAAGCCUGCCUAUGCUCUGAAACCAAGAGCUGCUUUCAAAGCCAGGAAGGCCAACGGGAAGCCUUCUCCAAAGCCAAGUGAUCCAGCCCCUCAGCUGGUCCCUGAUAUGUUGCAAAACGAAGACCUGACUGGUCAGAGGGCCAAAGAAAUGGAUUUGCAAGAGAUGGAAGCAAAAGAUCAACAGUCCAUGAUUCUCCGCUCUCGCACCCGGACUCAGGAGGUGUUCUGCACCAAGCGGAGGAGAGAGAAAAGCACCAUCGAUGCAGGGUUCAAGAAUGGGAAGCCCACCAAGAAGCUGCAUCCCAACAACCACCUGCCCAGCCCCUUCAAGAUCAGUCCCCAAAGCCAGCCUCAGAAGGAAAGCAAACUGGGCAAGAGAAUGAAACUCUCUAAAACCAGGCCUGGAAUAAGCACCAAAUUGUCCGAGCGGCCACUUCACACCUUGAAAAGGAAAUCCACCUUCAUCCCUCCAGUUCCUGCCAAAAAGAGGAACUUGGUUUUGAGGAGCAGCAGUCAGAGUGGCAACGGGAAAGAUGAAAAGGCUGAAGCUGAUCCUGGAUUGUUCAAGAGGCUGCCCUCGGCCCCAAAAGCAAAAGCAAGAGAGGCUCCCAAGAAUUCCUGCGAAGCACUGAUGAAGUCCCCUCCGGCUAAAGAAAACCCCGCGGUCUGCAUAAAAAUCACCUCCCGGGCUGCCUUCCAGGGAGCUAUCAAGACAAAAGUUCUGCCCCCAAGGAAAGGCAGAGGCCUGAAGCUGGAGGCCAUUGUCCAGAAGAUAACCUCACCCAAUUUGAAAAAGUUCGCCUGCAAAACCGCCACUGCUGCUGUUUCGGCUGCCAUUGCAGCCACCGCCACCUCGCACAGUAAUCCUCUGAGCCCUUCCCUACCGGAGAGGGAGCAGGCCUCAAAGAAUGCAAGCGUAACCCCAGCAGUGGGGGAAGCCAGACCAUUAAACCAGGCCGUGUCACAAAAGGCUCCCGCCGCUCCAGCAGCCGAGCAAUUAUGCAGAAACCCGAACAACAGAUCCUUCAGAGGGAAACUAAUGAACAGUAAGAAACUGUCCUCCAACUGUUUCAAGGGUGAGGCCUAUUCAUCUCCCGAGACGCUGCAGCACAGCAGCGACAGCAUGGCUGCAAGCGGCACCAGCCUGCUGCCCAAGAAAAGGAACAGAAAAGGGAAAGCCUCGGCCUUCCGAGCAGCCAAAAAUAGCUUGGACAAGUGCCCUCACCUGAGCCCUGCUCUGCUUCUGGUGUCCAGAGAGAAGGCGGUGGCGGCAGCAGCUUCAGGGGGGAAAGUGGAAGAAAGACAAAGAGAGGGGAAGAAGCCCAAGGCCGAGGACAAAGGCUUCAGCAACGCUGAGAGCUCAGAAGGCAGAGUCUCCCAGGCCCAAACCCGGGCGCAGAAGCAACGCGCCAACCACUCCAACUACAACGGCUACACGAAGAGACAAAGGAAACGCCUCAGCCGCCGGAAGGCCAAAAGUGUGCAGUCGAGGUGUAAGAGUCGGGCCAAGAGGCGGCACCAGCAGCAGACGCCUCUGCUGAGCCCCGCUGAGCCGGAAAUCCGGCUCAAGUAUGUGUCGUGCAAGCGGUUGCGGGCAGACAGCCGGGCACCCCCUUUCUCCCCUUACGUCCGGGUCGAGAAGCAGGAUGAGUUUGUCACCACCUGCACUGUUGUCAACUGCCUGGCUGAAGAGGCCAAGCUCCACAACGAGCAACGUUCUUCACCCACCCAGAGCAGAAUUUUUGGGACUGCCUCCCUGCAGCCCCGGGCAACCCUACCUCUGUCAUCCACCAUGCACCUCGGCCCAGUGGUAUCCAAGACCCUCAACGCCACCUGCUUGGUCUGCUGCCUGUGCCGGAACCCGGCCAAUUAUAAAGACCAGGGGGAUCUCUGUGGGCCGUAUUAUCCUGAGGACUGCUUGCCAAAAAAGAAGUCAAGGCUGAAAGAAAAAAUCAAAGUGGAGGGGCUGGGCGAAGCGCCUCCUUCUCCCUCUCUGGCAGAUCGACUGCUCAAAGCGACAGAUAAUAAUUGUGCAACUAGUACUGUCGGUGGAAAGCCGCCAAGGUUGGACAGUGGCGCUGACUCAGCGAAACAAAGCGCUCUCCGCUCCAGUUCGAGGGGGAUGUUUAGGAAACUACAAAGCUGUUACUGCUGCGAUGAGAGGACAGAGGGAGAGGAGGCAGCGGCAGCCGCCGAGAAGCCAAGGAGGCACGAAUGUGGCAAAGCUGAGUCGCCGCCUCCAGAGCCGGUCGGAGACACGCAAGAGCACUGGGUCCAUGAGGCCUGCGCGAUAUGGACAGCUGGGGUUUACCUGGUGGCAGGGAAGCUCUAUGGACUGCAGGAGGCAAUAAAGAUGGCUGCCGAUGUGAGAUGUUCCAUUUGUCAGCAAGUGGGAGCGACUAUUGGCUGUUGCCAUAAGGGCUGUGCCCAAACUUUUCAUUACACGUGUGCCAUCGAUACAGGUUGUUUGUUAACCGAAGAGACCUUCUCUCUGAACUGUCCCAAACAUAAGAAGCAGCCAUUAUAAUCCACCGCAGAAGAAAGGAACACUUUACCUCUGCCGAGUCAAGUCCUGGGAUAGAAGGGGACAGCUUGGCAUUUCAGCCUGCCCCUCAGUCCGUGGCUGCUUCCAAGGCCAACUCCAGACAGGAGAGACAAAGAGAAUGUAACCCCGUCGUCUUUGCAAUAUUACUUCUGUGAGAUGCGAAUGGGACCCGGACGCAGGCGGGAGUCCCUUCUUCCAGCCUCCGCUCUCUUUUGCGCCGGCCAUCACAGAGCCAAUCCCAAAGGGCGGCAAACUCCAGCUCCAGUCCUCUUCCUCACCAGCUCCCGGGACCCCUGUUUAAUCUCCUGGCAGGCUGGCAUGGAACCUGGAACCCCGUUUCCACCUGGUCCUUCCGUCCCGGCUGGCAGCGUGAGACCCCAGAUAGUUCCCACUCGGCCUCCUCCUGCCCUUCCCUGAACGUUUACCCAAAGCCAGUUUAAGAGAGAAAAGAAAAUCCACUUCCAGGAUUUUAUUUCCCCCACAUGCACCUCCCUCACUUAGGAGCUGUAACCAAUACUGAUAUGCUAACAUCUUUCACCUGGGACCCAGCGACUGACAAAACCUGGCCUGGAGCUUGUUUUAUUUUUUCCUGUGCGCCUUCUUGCAGACAACCUCAAAGAACUGCCCCCUUCCUGUGGAAUUUACACCAUGCGAGCAGAUUUUAUCAGAAGGCAAGUGGCUGACGUUUUCUGAUCCAGUCUCAAACAGCACCAGGCACAGUUGCAUUUUGGAACUGCCUUCAGCUGCACACGAGAUGGGAGGGUGGUGAAGGCAGACAGGUUGGAGGGAGUGGAAAGAGGGAGCACCAUCCUCCCUCUCUCCCUCUCUCAACAUGCUGGACUCUGAGAGCUCUCUGAGCACUCCAUCUCUUUUUUUCUGAUCUGAUCUAUUUUUGCCUUCAGCAAACCUCAUGGUGUAUGCGUGUGUGUCUGUGUAUAUAUAUAUAUGUGAUCAGCGUGUAAAAAAAAAAAGCGCCUCGCCGUUUUUGAAACAAUGCCACGGUGCUUUGGUUCGUUUGCUCGUUUGCUUUUGUUCCCUCCUCCAUUUGCCAACUUCUACACCCUCCCCCCCCUUCCCUUGGUCUCUCCUAGGCUUCAUAUUUGAGUGGGAAAGCGGUUGGCCACCCUACAGGGAAACAUGUGACUGAAAAGGCUUGGAACCCCUCAUGCAGCGGUGGUUUGAGUCCUCACAACUAUUUGUCCACUGCAAGGCAAAGGAUUCAAGGCAAAUCCAGAAAAUCUUGACAGUUUAAAUAUGAAGCAUUUCAGGGGAAAGGACGAGGAAUUGAGAUUAAUUGCAUUUCGGGGCAAGUCCCCCCUUUUCCCCUCCACUGCCGCAACCCAAAACUAAUCUGAUGCUCUCACCUGCCACAAGCUCCAGAAAGAGUCCUCCAACAGAUGGGGGUGGAUGAGAGAGAAAGCAGCAGCAGUUUGGGUCCUUCCCUUGCACCAGAAGAUGAUUUUAGGUCCCUAAUACUCCCCCCCCCCACAAGGGAUGUGCCCUUUGGCUCGAAAAUGGAUCUCUCUCUGUCUCUUCCCCCAACCCCACUCGCUCCAUCCCACUGAACCAUGCACCUCUGUUGUCAGGUGUGUGUACGUUUUUCCCUCUCCCCAUUACACUUCUAGUUCUUAAUACCACAAUUUGGGCCACUGUCCGCAGUUGUUUCUUGAAGGACCAAUCACUCUCUUAGUAGUUCCUGGGUCCAGUAGGGUGAGGAGAACUGGGAAGAAGAGAAGAACCAAGAGAUCUGAAGCUUGGAACCCCACUGGUUGGCACUGUGGUGCGCAGUGGUUAGGUACUGGGAAUCACAUAAGUCCACAGUUGAGACCAUUUGGCAAUACUCCUACGGGCUGAGCAAAACUUGGAGAGAACUGGGAAUAGCACAGAGGAGUCAAUUGCUUUGCAUUCCUCCACAGCACAAUCCACUACCACCAACCCUCUACCAUAGUCACUCUGAAAUUACCUGCACCCAUAUCUGACCCAUGUCAAAUUGUCAUUCACCCCAUGCAGUUUGUUGAUAUGUUACUGCCUUAGGUGAUGUGCGUACAGCAGUUUCCCAUAGCCCCCUUAGUUCAGUGCUUUGAUGAAUUUCCAAAAGUCUAAACAAAGAGCUAUGGGGAGGGUGUGUGAUCAUGCAUGUCCUUUCCCAUUAAUGGACUAGGGAAACCGUAGGAUUUUCCCAGUCCACUAUGGGAUGUGGGGGAGGAACAUGGUUCAAUUGCGGCUGAGAACAGUUUCCUCAUGCACAGACGCACUGCUGCAGUGCAUCAGCCCAGCAAAAACUCCCACAAGGACUUAAUGCGCUUAAAACUCAGAAGAAUCACUUGUCCCGAAGGGACCUUAAGAUAGGAUUUAUGGCGCUUAGCUUUUAAGUCAACACCUAGCAUACAGCAUCAAGGAGCUGAUGAUGGGUUAGAGCAGAGGUGACCAGUUGGGUCAGUACAUUUUUUUCCCUUACCCUGCAGAAUGGAUUCAAAUAAUACAGCUAUGGCAGUUUCUCCCAGUACUAGGAAGACCUUAAAAUGAACAGCUGUAGAAUAUGUUUAGAAACCCGAGUUGUAUAGGAUGUAUAUAUGUUGCGAAACUCCCAUUUCAGCAUUGGAAAAUACCACCUUCCCCCUGCCAUUUAAGCAGUUGCAAAUUCUUAACUGUUCCGUUCCGUUCCUGUUGCCUGUCCGUUCUGAGCAACGGCACCCACUUGCGCUUGUGACCUGUCUCUGCUCAUGGUAUUCCGUGUGCUCCGCCCACCCUCCUCACUUUGCCAACCAGCCUGCCUCCCCCCCAGCUCGCCCCUCAAGGUUUGCUGGCAAGGAAACAUGAAUUUGUUUCAAAAGCACACCUUGGCUGGCAGCUCAGUUCCUGUGUCCGCGGCAUCGUGAAGCUGACUGACGAUCCCGGCUGUCUCUUAAAUGGCAUCUUGUACAUAAUGACUGUAAAAUGGCAAAUCGUGUGUAUUAUAUAUUGCCUCAUUCGAUAGUGUAUAUAUAUGUAUACAUAUACAUAUAUAUAAUAUAUGAAAGACUGUAAAUGUUAAAACUAGUGUUCUUAUUUAGUAUAUUGCUUCACACUGAAGACUGUGUGUAACAAGCUGUUUCUAAAAGAAGUUUAUUUUCCUUAAGAGUUAAAAAAAAAGAAAGAAAAAAU